AUGUUCCGACCACCUGUAUCCUCACAUUCACCUCGCAUACCUAAGACCAUUGGCGAUCUUCCUGAAGAGCUGCUUCUUAACAUCGGCGCACAGUUCACGGAUUUAAGUCGCAACUGUGAUCUUGCAAGCCUUGCGCUUGUGUCCAAGAGAUGGCGACCUGUCGCACAAGAAUGGCUACUCAAAGAACCAAGGUUCAAUCUCGCGUUUAUCGAUCGGUACAUGUCAGAACUGGGCUACCGGUCGCACCUGCUCGGUCAGGUCAAGAGCUUAGAGAUUUGGAGCAAGAGUGAAGGUAGGACAACCAGAACCCAACAUACUACUCGCACUGGGGUACAAGUGUAUCUCACCCAACCCAAAUAUAACGCGGUCCUUGCUCCGGAGCACAUAAAGCAGGACGCUGAGUUUCUGGAAGCAUGUGGGGUCAUGAUCAAUCACUUCGCUACCAACAAACGUCAUGCAAAGGAUUGGCUAGAAGCUAUCAGAGAUGACAUCGUCCCCGCACUAUUUGGUGUCCUCAUCUGCGCACUACCCAACCUACGCGAGCUAAAACUCGGCGACACAUGGCUCAUGGACUUCCCUCUCUUCGCGAGUACGCGGUCUGCAUCUGCUCGCGCGAGUUAUACACUACCAUACGAGUGGAAGCACAAGUUCUUGCUUGGAGCACUCACAGCCAAGCUGCCUCAUCUGACAGUCCUUGAGAUACCGAGCGACAUGACAGCGAUAAGGUACUCCCACAGCGUGACCACGGUCUUCGACCUCCGCCGCUUCGAGAGCCUGAGGGAAGUCGGUCUGACUAUGAAGGCGAUACAAGGCCAUGGAAUCAUACGACAAGGACUGCCAAAUGCGGACCCAGCGGAGAUCUUCCCAAAGACGCUGGAAGUCCUGCGCAUCAGCGAGGCGACGCACAUCACAGCCAACUUCCUGAAUACGCUCUGUCUCGCUAAGAAAAAGCUCCACCUACCCAACCUCACGCGCAUAGAAGCCUAUCACAUGGAACAUCUAGACAACACCAGGUUCAGCGCCGAACUAGACAACUGUCUAGAUCCAAUCGACGAUGUACGCAAAAUCUGUCGCGACGCUGAGAUUGCGGUGUAUCUCUACUUCCCGCCGUGGACUAUGUCGACGUGGGAGUCGGAUGGUGGUACGCCGUGGCGAUUGAAGGCCGAGCCGGAUGUGCUACAUCGUGCGGAGUACGUGUGCUGGAAGAAAGCGAUGGGACCUUUUGGCGUGCAUCAGGAUCCGAUGGAUAGGGUGGAGGUUGAGUGGGACGCUGAUGGAGAUGCGGUUAUGAUCUAG